ACUACUUUAAUUAAUAACAAUGUUAUGGUUUAUAUCAGCAAUAAUAAUAUUUUAAGUGAACUACAAAAUAGUAUUAAUGCUUUUCACUUACAAAAUACUAUGGCUAUCGAUGAUUAUAUUAGUUAUCAAGAUGAGGAUAUUAUUUAUAGAAAUGAAAUCCUUAACAAACCUAAAGGCAGAGAGAAACCAGAUGAUAGUAUAAAAUUGUAUAACUAUACACAUAAAGAAGCACUUGAUACAUUGGAUCUAAUUACUCAGUAUUUUUUACAACAGGAUAGUGAUAUGACAGAGUAUAUUAAGAUGAUUUCAAAAGUUAGCCAAGCAACAAGAAUUGCAAGAAAUAGCUCAUUACAGAAAGUUAAUCUUGAUUCAUUUUUUAUCUCUAAUUCUACUAACAGUAAUAGAAAUAAUGAAAUGAUAGAAAAGACAAAUUUUAUGCUAGAAAUAAGUGAAGAAUCUUUAUUAUCUAAUGAAAAUUCUUAA